AUGUCACUAGAUGUGCAAGCCAUCGUCAUUGACUAUGGAUCUUCCUUCAUGAAAGUUGGUUUCGCAGGUGAUGAUGCUCCGAGAGCUGUUUUCCCUUCAAUAAUUGGAAAACCCAAUGAAAAGAAUGUUCCAAUAACACCAGGAACUCAUGAUCUUUAUGUCGGAGAGGAGCCUGAGAGUUGGAGGCUCCGAAAUCAAUUACCAAAGUUUCCUAUUAGUAGAAGCAUCAUUAUUGACUGGGAUGGAUUUGAAAAGUUGUUGCACCAUUCACUUUACAAUGAAUUGCAAAUUUCUCCAGAGGAACAUCCAAUGCUGAUAAGUGAAUCGGCAAUGAAUUCAAAGGUGAAUAGAGAGAAGAUGACUGAGACAUUGUUUGAAACGUUUAAUAUUCCUGCAUUUUGCAUUGCUGUUAAUGCGGUCUUAUCACUGUGUAGUAUGAAUCAAGUGAGUGGUGUGAUGUUAGAAUCUGGAGGUGGAAUCUCAAUUGUGGUUCCUGUUUACGAAGGGUAUGUACUGAGGAAUGCCGUGAUUGAACUGGAUUUGGCUGGUGGAGAUGUGAGCAAAUAUUUGGAAAAGAUAUUGAUGGAGAGUGGACAUUCAAUUACUGAAGAAAUAAUUAUUAAUAAUAUUAAGGAGAAUGCCUGUGAAGUUGCUUUAAAUUUUGAAUUAGAGAUGAAUAGUGACGAGAAAACUAAAUUUGAAUUACCUGAUGGAACGCAAAUUGAUAUUGGGCCAAGUGAAAGAUUUCAGUGUACUGAAAUAAUGUUCCAGCCAUCAUUGAUUGGCAUGGAAUGUAAUGGAAUUCAUGAAAUUAUUUAUCGAUCAAUAGGAUAUUGUGAAAUUGAUAUUCGAAAAGAACUAUACAAUAAUAUUGGAUUAGGAGGUGGAAAUACCUUGUUUAAGGGUUUUAGUGAGAGACUAAAUAAGGAGCUAACUAAUUUGGCUCCAUCCUCAAUCAAUAUUAAUGUUCAUGCUUUACCAGAUAGAAGAUAUUCAUCAUGGAUUGGCGGAUCAAUUUUGGCAUCGUCAGAAUCUUUCGAUUCACUGCCCUGGAUAUUAAAAGAAGAAUAUGAAGAGUUUGGAGCAUCAAUCGUUCAUAGAAAGUGUUUCUAA